AUGACAGAAGAACAAAACACCGCUACAAGAAUAUCAGCAGUAAAGUGUUUACAAUAUAUUCUUGAGAAUGGAGAAAAUAGUCUACUUUCAGAUGAGAUGAAAGCUAAGCUCGCUAAUUCAAUUGUUCAAUUACUUUCUUACAAUCCAUUCUUGGAAGGAUUAUCAUUACUCCAAAUGAUCAUAAAUGGUGAAUCUUUAAAGAAUCAAAUUGUUGAAAUAAUUUUAGAAGAAAACUCAGCCGACACUAUUACUCAAUGGAUUGAAGUCCAGGGUCAGGAUGUGAUUGACGAGUUCCAUGACUUAUUAUUGAUUCAAUCAAAUAAAAGUGCCAAUUCCCUGAAUAUGUUGAAUAAUGCUAUUUGGGAAAGUCAUUUUUGUAGAACCAGUUCGAAAACUCUGAUUUUGUAUUUCGAAAUUUCAAUAAUCAAUAUAAAUAAUGAUCUGAUGUUCGGGAUAAUAUUUAUUUCUUGA